AUGAAGAUCCUCUAUAUCGGAGUCCUACAGAAUGCCCAACAGCCAGCGGUGGAGCUGUGUGCGGAGCGCGAGCUCACCAGCUACUCGCGCUUCACUAGGGGCAGCAUCAGCGAGUUCAUGACCAUGUUCAGCAAGACGGUCGCCGAAAGAACAAAGCAAGGCCAGAGACAAGAUAUCCAGGAGCAAGGCAAGUGGUUGCCCGUGUCUAAUUUCACAUUCCACGUGUAUGCGCGCACCCAAGGCAUCGCCGGUGUCAUUAUCAGCGACAACGAAUACCCCUCGCUGGCCGCCCAUCAGAUCCUCUCCAAGGUCCUCGAUGAGUUCCUCACCCUCAACCCCAACGCGGGCUCCUCCACCCAGCCGGUCCCCUUUCCCUCCCUGAAGACAUACAUCUCGGCGUACCAGGACCCACACCAGGUGGACAGCAUCAUGAAGAUUCAGAAAGAGCUGGACGAGACCAAGAUUGUUCUCCACAAGACUAUCGAGAGCGUCCUGGAGCGUGGAGAGAAGAUUGACGACUUGGUCAAUAAGAGUGAGGGUUUGUCCUCGCAAUCGAAGAUGUUCUACACCUCUGCGAAGAAGCAGAAUAGCUGUUGCAUUCUUAUGUAA